UUAGUCAUAACGCAGUUCGAGACUAUAUUAUAUAUUUAACAUUAUUGCUUUACCUUUGAAGAGUUGACUUCAAUUCCUUUGAUGGAGUUCGCAUCUUCUAGUUCUUCUUCAUCUUCAUCUUCAUCUUCAUCCUUCUUAAAAUCAGAACCGGUAUUCAUAAAUGAUGUGUUCAUCAACUUUGGGGGAGAAGACAUCGGUAGAAGGUUCGUUUCUCAUCUCCAUUCUGCCCUUUUACAAGCUCAAGUCAAAACUUUUAUUAGCCAGGAGAAUCUGCAAGAAGGAAUGGAGCAAGAAGAGCACCUGCGAGCAAUAGGAGGCACUAAGAUUGCAAUAAUGGUUUUCUCCAAAUCAUAUGCUGAAUGUACCUGUUGUCUUCAUGAGCUUGAAAAAAUCAUUGAAUGCCACCAAACGUUUGGCCAAAUGGUUGUGCCCGUAUAUUACGAGAUUGACCCAUUGGAUGUACAACAUCAGAAGAAUGAUUUUGGAAAAGCCUUGGAAGAAGCUGCACACAAAAGCUAUGCAGAAGACCUACUGGAAUAUGCGUUGUCCAAGUGGAGCCGUGCACUCACCACAGCUACAGGUGUCACUGGUUGGGAUGUCAGAGAUUUCAGGCAUGAUGCUGAACUUGUAGAGCGAAUUGUUAGUCUUGUUGAGUCAUUACUGGACUAUAAAGACUUGUUUACUACCCAAUAUCCUGUUGGAUUAGAGUCUCCAGUGGAAGACGUGAUUAAAUGUAUUGAAAAUCAAUCCACCAAAGUGUGUGUGAUAGGAAUAUGGGGAAUGGGAGGAUCAGGUAAAACAACCAUAGCCAAAGCCAUCUACAAUCGAAUUUAUCAUCAAUUCAUUGGUAAGAGUUUUAUUGAGAAUAUUCGUGAAGCUUGGGCUUCAGAAUAUGAUAGAUAUGUUGAUUUGCAAGCAAAUCUUCUUUCUGAUGUCCUAAAAUCCAAGUUGGAGGUGAAAAGCGUUGGGAUGGGAAGAGCUAUGAUCCACGAUGAACUUUCUCGCAGAAAGUUGCUGAUUGUGCUUGAUGAUGUGAAUGACUUUGUCCAAUUAGAAAACCUAUGCCGGAGUCGUGAAUGGUUCGGUCAAGGAACUGUGAUAAUCAUUACAACUAGAGAUGUUCAUUUGCUGAACCUACUCAAAGUUAAUUAUGUUUACAAAAUGCAUCUUUUGAACAAAAAUGAUUCCCUUGAGCUUUUAAGUUGGCAUGCUUUUAGAGAAGCAAAACCAAUAAAAGAAUGGAAUGAACAUGCAAGAGACAUAGUUGAUUAUUGUGGAGGACUACCACUAGCUCUUCAGUUCCUUGGUUCCUAUUUAUGUGAUAUCACAAAAGAAGCGUGGGAAAGGGUAUUUUCGAACCUAAAUAGCAUUCCAACGUAUCAAGUUCAAAAGGUAUUAAAAAUAAGUUUUGACGCUUUACGUGAUAUGGAAAAGGAUAUAUUUCUUGAUGUAUGUUGUUUCUUUAUUGGCAAACAAAGAGAGUAUGUCACAGAGAUAUUAAAUGGCUGUGGACUAUGUGCUGAUAUUGGAAUAACAGUUCUCAUAGAACGUGGCCUCAUAAAAGUUGAAAGGAACAACAAACUUGAAAUGCACCCUUUGUUACGAGACAUGGGAAGAGAAUUUAUUCGUGAAUUACACCCAAAGGAACCGGGGAAAAGGAGUCGAUUAUGGUUUCAGGAAGAUGUACAAGAUGUACUGGAAGAGAAUAGUGGGACAGAAGCUAUAGAGGGAUUGUCCCUGAAACUGCAUUCCAGCAAUAGAGAUUCCUUGGAAGCUCUUGCUUUCAAGAAAAUGAAGAGACUAAGACUGCUACAACUUGAUCAUGUACGACUUAGUGGAGAUUAUGGGCACAUUUCUAAAGAACUGAGAUGGAUUUGUUGGCGAGGGUUUCCUUAUAAAUACAUUCCAAACAGCUUUCAUUUGGAAAAUGUAAUUGCAAUUGAUUUCAAACAUAGCCAUCUCCAACUCCUCUCGAAACAACACCUGGUUUUAGAACGGUUAAAAUUCCUUAAUCUUAGUCACUCCAAGUACCUGAUAGAAACACCUGACUUUUCAGGACUACCAAGUCUUGAACAACUCAUUCUAAAAGAUUGUCCAAGUUUGCGUGAGGUACACGAAUCCAUUGGACGUCUCAGGAAUCUACUACUGAUAAAUUUGAAGGACUGUACAAGUCUAUGCUAUCUUCCAAGAGAGGUAUAUAGGUUGAGAUCUUUAAAAACUCUCGUUCUCUCUGGUUGUUUGAAGUUUGGCCCAAUAGAUAAAGCAUGGGUGAAAUCCUUCGUAACUAUAAUUACUGAAAACACAACUGUGAAACAAGCGCCCUUUGAUCAAUUGUAAGCUAAAACAAUAUCAUAUAUAAGUCACAACGUGAAUUUGAAGGAUUCUUGGUAAA